CAUUCUUCGAGUAUGCUGUUCUUGCUCUAAGCAGCUCCUACACUGGAGCCACAGCUUCCUAAAUUAAACUGGGAACAGUUUGCAGACUUAUCAGCCUCCUAACCUGCAGCUGUGUCUCUGCUAUGUUUGAGGGUUUUGUUUUGGAUGGUGAAAGCCAGCACCCCAUAUAAGACAUGACAGCAAAAGAUUCUUCAAAAGAACUUACUGCUUCUGAAUCUGAGGUUUGCAUAAAGACUUUCAAGGAGCAAAUGCACUUAGAACUUGAGCUUCCGAGAUUACCGGGAAACAGACCUACAUCUCCUAAAAUUUCUCCACGCAGUUCGCCAAGGAACUCACCAUGCUUUUUCAGAAAGUUGCUGGUGAAUAAAAGCAUUCGGCAGCGUCGUCGCUUCACGGUGGCUCAUACAUGCUUUGAUGUGGAAAAUGGCCCUUCCCCAGGUCGGAGCCCGCUGGACCCCCAGGCCAGCUCUUCCUCUGGGCUGGUGCUUCACGCCACCUUUCCCGGGCACAGCCAGCGCCGAGAAUCCUUUCUCUACCGAUCAGACAGCGACUAUGACUUGUCACCAAAGGCAAUGUCGAGAAACUCUUCACUUCCCAGCGAGCAACACGGCGAUGACUUGAUUGUGACGCCUUUUGCCCAGGUCCUCGCCAGCUUGCGAAGUGUGAGAAACAACUUCACCGUCCUGACAAACCUUCAUGGAACAUCCAACAAGAGGUCUCCAGCUGCCAGCCAGCCUCCCGUCUCCAGAGUCAACCUUCCAGAAGAAUCUUAUCAAAAAUUAGCAAUGGAAACGCUGGAGGAACUGGACUGGUGCUUAGACCAGCUAGAGACCAUCCAGACCUACCGCUCUGUCAGUGAGAUGGCUUCCAACAAGUUCAAAAGAAUGCUGAACCGGGAGCUGACACACCUCUCAGAAAUGAGCCGUUCGGGGAAUCAGGUGUCUGAAUACAUUUCAAAUACUUUCUUAGACAAGCAGAAUGACGUGGAGAUUCCAUCUCCUACCCAGAAAGACAGGGAGAAAAAGAAGAAGCAGCAGCUCAUGACACAGAUAAGCGGAGUGAAAAAACUGAUGCACAGUUCAAGCUUAAAUAACACAAGCAUUUCACGCUUUGGAGUCAACACAGAAAAUGAAGAUCAUCUGGCCAAGGAGCUGGAAGACCUGAACAAAUGGGGCCUUAACAUCUUCAAUGUGGCUGGCUAUUCACACAACAGGCCCUUGACGUGCAUCAUGUAUGCCAUCUUCCAGGAAAGAGACCUCCUAAAGACAUUCAAAAUCUCCUCGGACACGCUUGUUACCUACAUGAUGACGUUAGAAGACCAUUACCAUUCCGACGUGGCCUAUCAUAACAGCCUGCACGCUGCCGACGUGGCCCAGUCAACCCAUGUUCUUCUUUCCACGCCAGCGUUAGAUGCCGUCUUCACCGAUUUGGAAAUCCUGGCCGCCAUUUUUGCAGCUGCCAUCCAUGACGUGGAUCAUCCUGGAGUCUCCAAUCAGUUUCUCAUCAACACAAAUUCAGAACUUGCUCUGAUGUACAAUGAUGAAUCUGUGUUGGAAAACCAUCAUCUUGCAGUGGGUUUCAAACUGCUCCAAGAAGAACACUGCGACAUCUUCCAGAAUCUCACCAAGAAGCAGCGUCAGACACUCAGGAAGAUGGUUAUUGACAUGGUCUUAGCAACUGAUAUGUCCAAACACAUGAGCCUGCUGGCAGACCUGAAGACAAUGGUGGAAACAAAGAAAGUUACAAGUUCCGGUGUUCUGCUUCUGGACAACUAUACUGAUCGUAUACAGGUCCUUCGCAACAUGGUACACUGCGCAGACCUGAGCAACCCCACCAAGUCCCUGGAAUUGUAUCGGCAAUGGACAGACCGCAUCAUGGAGGAAUUUUUCCAGCAGGGAGACAAAGAGCGGGAGAGGGGAAUGGAAAUUAGCCCCAUGUGUGAUAAGCACACGGCUUCUGUGGAAAAAUCUCAGGUGGGUUUCAUCGACUACAUUGUCCAUCCUUUGUGGGAGACCUGGGCGGAUCUGGUACAGCCCGAUGCCCAGGACAUUCUGGAUACGUUAGAAGAUAACAGGAACUGGUAUCAGAGCAUGAUACCCCAGAGUCCCUCCCCACCGCUGGAUGAGCAGAACAGAGACUGCCAGGGUCUGAUGGAGAAGUUUCAGUUUGAACUGACCCUCGAAGAGGAGGAUUCCGAAGGCCCCGAGAAAGAGGGAGAGGGCCACGGCUAUUUCGGCAGCACCAAGACACUUUGUGUGAUUGACCCGGAAAAUAGGGAUUCACUGGGAGAGACCGGGGUGGACACAGCGACAGAAGACAAGUCCCCGACUGACACAUAAUCUCCUACGUCACGUGGAGAUGGACAUUCCAGCCUUGACAAGCAUGCCAGCUGUAUGGUAGGGCCCCGCCUGCCACGGGGGCCCGAGGCCUGCACGGGACAAGGGCCAUGGGGCCUUCCCAGUUACUUGAGUUUGGAGCCAGAGUGCAAGACCGUGAAGCAAAUAAUGGCUCAGGAAAUCCCUCGGUUGACUUGCCCUGCUGGCAAGCCUCGUGGUGAGCUGAAGCUUUCUGUGGUACUGGAGGCCCAAGUUCGCAUCCCACGACCGAAUGGCUUGAAAAUGGAAGACACCAAACUGAGAGAUUUUUCUGCACUAAGUUUCGGGAAUCUGUCCCCUCUAGUGACUGAACUGACUAAUAAUGUCAUUGAUAAAUCUGCUCACCUGUCCCCUUGUCUGCCAACCUGUGUGCCUUUUUUGUAAAACAUUUUCAUGUCUUUGAAAUGCCUGUUGAAUACCUAGAGUUUCGUAUCAACUUCUACACAGAUACGUGUUCCAAGUUGACAUAAACUUUUUUGACUCUUUCUGGGGAAGGAAAAAAAAAAGGUAAAGAAAACCGUCUUCCUUCUUUCUUGGGCAAUAUCUUUCACUUGGCUACAGUUUCGUUCACAAAUAGAAAGGCUACACUUCUACCCCUAUUCAACUGCCUUCCCCUACGGUCCCAGCCGACUCCUCAGUGGCCCUUCUAACUGUCUCUGUUGACCUGCUUUGGACAGGAUUUUUCUCCUCUAGUUUCGCUGUUUUUGCUAUAAACAGAAAAAAGUCGAGCAAGCCGAGGGGUCGGAAGGGGCAGCCUUGUGGUUCACAGCGUGUAGAACUCAGCUCAGCUCAGGACCCUGCCAGGUCCUGAACCCUCGAACCCACCUCGGGGGCUGCAUGAUCUCUCGCUCCCCUCUUCCCGCUCACACCCGCUCACACCCGCUCACUCCGUUUCCAAUUUAAUGCUGCCGUCUUUCUCUUGCACUGCCUUCCUCGCUAACACUUCCAUUUCUGUUUAUAACUGUGUAUUUAUUACUUAAUGUACAUAAUGUAAUGUUUUGUAAGUUAUUAAUUUAUAUAUCUAACAUUGCCUGCCAAUGGUGGUGUUAAAUUUGUGUAGAAGACUCUGCCUAAGAGUUGCGACUUUUCUUGUAAUGUUUUGUAUCAUGUAUUAUAUAACCUGAACAUCGCUUAAGAGAGACAUACACCCCCUCCCCCCCUUGCCAGCGAGGACAGCAGUGGGUCUGCCCUACGCCUUGUGCGAGUUGCUAAUAUUCCUCAACCCCUUCACCAACCGGUUUGGGAAACAGGAUUCUCACAUUAGAUAUGAAAUGGUCUCGAUUGAGCUUUCACUUUUGUACAGUUCGAUAGGGGUAGGGAGCCAUGGGACAUGGUUUUUACCCCUGUUCUAUCCAAAUCCAUAUACAUGCGUUGGGUUUUAACUGGGUUCUACUAUAAUUGUGGCUUUUCAGUUUAACACGAAACACUACAUUUGGUUUAACAAGCAACUCACCGAUGGUUCACCUGUCUCCAAACUACUGACUUUGCAAAGAAAGCCUCCUACUGGCCGUUAAGCAGAAAUGUCACGUUCCCAUUAAUUUCAAAAGAAAAUGAUAAUACAAUGUGAAUCUUAUAAUGUGAACUGACGUCGUAAAUUAUGCCAAUGUGAAGCUUCUGAUAACACUUGUUAGGCCUCUGACUGGCUUCAGUCUCCGUUUGUAAAAUCUGUUUCAUGCUUUCAGUUCAGCCUUGUGACUCAGUAGUUACAGAAACGGCACAGAUGUGCAUGACCAGUGGGUUUGUAUGUCUACGAACACUGCAUUAUUUCAGGUGGACAUUUAUUGUUUUCCAAAGUUCCUCACAAUGUAUGUUAUAGUAUUAUUAUUAUAUAUUGUGCUCAAAUGCAUUCUUAAGUGACUUUUCUAUGAGGUGAAUAAACAAAAGCAUGAUUAGA